GCUUCUUUGUGAAGGGUAGAAUACUCCACCUCUACCAAUCAUAGCCACCGGUUACUGCGUCCGCAUCCCACUUUCUGCUCCCUCCAUCUCUACAACAUAUAACACGUCCCACAUCUGACGAGUCCUUCAGAAAAUUCUGCGCCAAUAUCGCAUCAUCAAACCGUCCCCCGCAUCCCUCGGCCGACCUCGAUGGUGUCGCUUCAGCCGCCGCUUCCAGCAUUCAGGCUCAACGGAGAAAGCAUCGGUAUCGACAUGCUUGUGGCACAGCAUGGUCAUCAGAACGUCGAUCCCGAAUUGCGGAAAAGGAUCGAACUGGAGGCAGAGUACCUCCAGAAAGGUUACAUUGAUCUGAGCGGCGAAGUCAAAGGCAUAGAGUUGUUCGAAAUUUCCGACGAUGAAUCGCAAGUCGAGGACCAAGUUCUGAAGGCCGACGCAGGUGUUCAACCCACUUCUCAGAAACCAGUGUCAACUUCAUGCAGCUCUCCUAUUUGUUGUGAAUACCGGACGAUCGAACUUCAAGAGCCUCGCGGGGAAAUGCGUAUUCAUACGCUUCCCGCGAAAAUACGUAUUGGCAGCAACGUAGAGCUGAAGGAUGGCAGCUUUAUCCGAAUAAACUCCAUCAAACAGCUCUGCCUCAAUCAUGGCGCACGUAUUGUAUUGAAGGGGAAAAAAUUCCUGCGUACUCGAAAUCUUUUGGGGUAUCUUCAUUGCAGACUAAACGAAUUGGUUAUGAUCUCUGCCGACGAGCAAGUUGAGUGCGACCAGCUCCUGAGAGGACGCAAAAUCAUCCUGACGAAUGCCAACUUCCCGAACCACAGACUUCGCGUGGGUAGCGACCGCUUGACCGAGCAGCUUGGUAGAUUGGUUUGCAGAUGGUAUAUGGAAACUAACGGCACGACCUCGCUCCACGUACGCCCCGAGAAUCGGAAACCCGGGGGUACUGGCCUAAUCCGCCGGCUGAGGGAAGAUGAGGCGGACGCCAUGUUCCGGGUUCGGGAACGUAUCUUGAAGAAACCUUACGUUACUACCAGGGAGUGUUCGUCGAACGAUUCCGAAGAGCAACAAAAGGAUUACAAGUACACAUUCGGGGACGCCUUUUGCGGAGCCGGUGGCAUGUCUUGCGGCGCCAGUCAGGCGAAAUUCAUCAAUUCGUGGGGGUUCGACCAUGAUACGGAUGCAAUCGCGACAUUUAGAAAGCGAUAUCCCGAAGCUCAGGCAUUCCAUCUCUCGGCGGAUCAGUUCAUCGCUCUACCCGGGGACUACCAUGUGGAUGUCAUGCACCUGUCCCCUCCUUGCCAGCCACAUUCACCAGCCCACACGACACCUGGACAGUUCGAUGAAGAUAAUGAAGCAUCUUCGCUCUGCAUCUGUGACUGCUUGAAGAAGGUCAAGCCUCGGUUUGCAACACUGGAGCAGACCUUCGGAUUGACACACAGGCCGGUGUGGUUCAGGGCUGUAAUCAAUCAGUUCACGUCGGCAGGAUAUUCCGUCCGGUGGAGUAUUUUGCCAUGUGUAAAAUAUGGCGUCCCCCAGACCAGGCAGCGGCUGAUUAUCAUGGCUUCUUGUCCAGGGGAACAACCGCCCAAAUUUCCCGAACCGACACAUUGGUACCCAAAGCCGCCACCAGAGCCUACCCGACUGAAGCCCGCUCGCACACUUGGGGAUGCCAUAGGCAAUCUUCAACCUGGCAUCAGUGCUCACAACCCAAACGACCCGGCCUUGCGGUUUCCCGACAACAUGCGACUAGACACCAAGAAUGUAAUGAAUCUACCAUUCAUGCGCACGAUCAUGGCUGGCGGGAACCACAAUGGAGUCCACCCCUCUGGUCUCCGCCGAUUUACGUUGCGCGAGAUUGCAUGCAUCCAGACUUUCCCGGAGAAUUACGAUUUCGUUGGCGGGACGACCAACGUGAAGCGACAGAUUGGGAAUGCUGUGCCACCGCGCAUGGGGAAGAUCCUGAUGCGUGAGGUUUUGAGGGUACUGGAGGAAUCGGAUAGGAAGGAUGCCGAGGAGAGCAGUGAAACCCCUCCACUGUCUCAGUUUAUCGAUAUCGACGAACUGGAUGACUCGGAUACGGAUUCUUUUAUGGAUAUGUGGGGUACUGAAAACCCUCUAUUUGAGACGGCAGCGCCCCAAUUCAUUGAUAUAGACGAAUGGGAUUCUUCAGACUCGGAGCUUCCGAUUACCGGUAGAACGCCUGCUAAAACCCCUUCACGCGAAAGUGUACCACCGCCACCGCAGUUUAUCGACAUAGACGAAUGGGUUGAUUCGGAUGUUGAGGUUACGGGCGAGCGACCCGCCGAGAAGCCGCUACAACAGUCUUCGCGCUCUUUCCGGACCCCACACCCCGGGGAGCUCGCCGGCCCCUACAUCACCCCGACCAUCGCAGCAAUCGUCCCCACAACGCCACAAUCCACACUCGGAGCCGCCGCCUCCAUCUUCACCGUCUGGCUUCCGCACACGCCUUCCGUCGUCUCAGCCGAACUCGCGUUCCGCAACGGAAAGCGCCGCGUACUGACCUCGCUCGACGCCAGAGAGCUACAGUUUGCAGGCGACACGCCCUCCUCCUCGGCGUUUCCGUCCGGAUUCCAGCCGGACAGUCGUGAGCCGGCGCGGCAGAGGAAGAGGGCGAAGGUUGUUGUCACGGUCGAUGAUCAUAUCACCGAUAGCAUCAUGCAGCAGCCUGCGAAGCACGGCGAGACGGACCCGAAGCAGCAGGCGUCGGUCCCCGGCGGCAAGGACGAGAAGGCGCAGGUGCAGGAUCUCCAGGCCAACCCCGGCCCCGUCCUGCCCAAGGAUACUAAGCCGUUCGAGAGCGAGCUCGGAACUAGGGAGGAGAGGGAGGAGAAGGUCAAGACUUUGAACGAGUCGUAAAGGGGAUGGAUUCAGGGUUUCUUUUCUUCUGUUUUGUGGGAUGGGGUGGGAUGGCAUAGGGAUGGGAUGGGUUUGUUUGAUGGCUUGAUACGAGAUAUGAAUUGUACUACACGGCUGCGAAGUUGAAGUUUGAAGAUUGCACUUGGCUUGAAUA